AUGUCGGUCACAUCAGGCCAGACGCUCUGGAGCAAUGGCUUCAACUUCACCGAACGGAUCCACCGGGACACAUAUCCCUACAUCGACCCCAUGAGAGCCGAUCUCUCUGGACGAGCGGUCUUCAUUACAGGUGCAUCCAGGGGCAUCGGACGCGCCACAGCACUGAGUUUCGCUCGCGCCGGCGCCUCAUUCAUCGGCAUAGGCGCUCGAUCGGCAACCGAGUUGCAAUCUCUGGAAGACGACAUCAUACACGAAGCCAACAAGGCCGGCAGAGGAGUGCCUUUGGUUUUCCGCGCCACGCUGGAUGUCACGGAUAUCGCUAGUUGCGAGGCCGCCGCCAAGGGGGCUCGUGAAGCAUUCGGCGGCAGGCUCGAUGUACUCAUCAACAACGCUGGAUACAUGGACAGACUGGCACCACUGAUGGACUCGGAACCAGACGACUGGUGGCGCACAUGGGAGAUCAACAUCCGCGGGCCCUAUCUGGUGACGCGGGCGUUUCUGCCGCUGAUGUUGGCAACGCCAAGCGGGUGGAAGACCGUCGUAUCCCUCUCCAGCUUGGGAGCGCAUACUUUGAGUGCCGGGGGCACGGCAUACAAUGUGUCCAAAUUGGCACUGCUUCGCUUUUCUGAGAUGCUCAAUGUCGAGUACGGCGCGCAAGGUGUCUUGGCAUUUUGCGUAAAUCCUGGGGGAAUAGAGACGGAUCUGUCACGCACCUUGGACGAAUCACUGGCAAAGGAAUACCUGACCGACAGUAUCGAGCUUCCCGCAGAUUCGAUCGUUUUCUUGGUGCAACAACGCAGGGAGUGGCUUGCAGGCAGAUACAUCAGCUGUACAUGGGACAUGGAAGAUUUACUGGCGAAGCAGACGUCCAUCGUAGAGCAGGAUUUGCUCAAGGUACGGAUGGCUGUCUAG